AUGUUUAUGCUUGAUUGCCAUUACAGACUUCCUGCUUUACAUCAAAAGUUUAACCUUCCAGCUCCAUUCGUGUUGCACACCGACUACCCUCAUUAUUGGCGCUAUCAUCACGAAGGUGAGACGGAAGAGUUCUCAACUAGAUUAGCCAACAAUUUAGAGAAUCUUAUCCUGAAAGAGGGUCCAGAAACGAUUGCUGCAUUCAUCGCUGAGCCUGUGAUGGGAGCAGGAUUCUCCAACAUUGUUGAGAAAGUGAAGAGCAUUUCACCUACGGUUCAAGAUGGUCUAAAAUCCUUUCUGACAGUCCUAUUGUUGGAGAGAUCAGAGGUACUGGCUUGAUUCAUGGUACCGAGUUUACAGACAACAAUUCACCUAAUGAUCCGUUCCCUCCUGAAUGGGUUGAUAAGCAAAUAUGGCAAAGCGUUGAAGGCGGCGGAGGAGAGGGUGAAGGGACUCUAGUACCAGCAGAAGAAACAGUGAAGAGACUUUGUUGAUGAUGGUGAAAAUGGUACUGCUGCUUCUUGUGAGCCGAAAGCUACCUCUAUUAAGUGGGUAAGCAAAUAGAGGUGGACUCUCCUGAUAUGUGUAGAGUUCAUACUCAUGACAUAUCUGUAAAUAUAUUUGGUGCCUUAAUAAAGCAACUGCUUUCUGUCAAA